AUGGUGCCGCUAGGCUUCUCACCCCCGGUCAGCUAUACCCAGGCCAGCUAUACCCAGGCCAGCUAUACCCAGGCCAGCUCUCCCGAGCCCGCGGCCUCCAGCACCGUCUCGCAACCCGAGCGCUGGAGCCAACAAUGCCCGCUCCUGGACAAAUGCCCGGGCUUCGAAAAGAGCUGUCCCCAUAGGCACAGCAUCAUUGCCUACGGCACCCGCCAGCCAGAGGCCGCCGAUGACCGCGCAGUUGGCGAUAGCAGCCAGGCAGCCCAGGAUGACGCCAGCGACAGCGAAGCUGGUCAAUCCGCUGAAGAAGACCAAGACGACAGCGAUGACGACAGCCAAUACGAAAAGCCACCAAGUCGUGGUUGCUGGUCAGACGUCAGUGAAGAGGAAAGACCAAGUCUUCGGCGUACACGGUCAAUGGAGUAG